AUGGCCAAGGACCGUUCUGCCAUCAGCAAAAACAUGGGUAGCAAGAAGAGAGUAUCAGGUACUCACGUCUCUGGCCUCUCUACUGCAAAAGCGUCGAGUAAAAGGAAAGAGGCUCCUAUGAAAUAUGGUCAGCUUUCUAGACGUCAAAAGCAAGAUUUUGAAGAUUACGGUGAAUUAGUACCCAGAGAUUUUAUAGACGAUGACGAGGAAAAUUACAAACGCAGAAGAGUAGUAUCAGAAGCAGAUUUGGAUCGAGAAAUAGAUGAAGCUCGACGAGAGGCAGCUGCACAAUUUGCUUCAGAUGAAGAAGGCGAACAGGGAAGUGAUGAGGACGAGGACGAGGGCGAAGAUUGGAAGAAACCUUCAGCAUACUCUUUGCUAAUGGGAUCAUUGAAAAAGAACUCAAAACACAGAGAUUUCUACGAGAAAAUUUAUCGAGAACAAGAAGGUAUCGAGGAUGAAGUAUUUGCCACCAAUGAAGAAGAUGAGGAUAGAGACUUAACAGAAGAAGUACCAUCCGAUGAAGAAGAAGGUGAAAUGGAAGAAGAUGAAAAGGUAGAGUCAGUUGUUGAUGAUGACGAGGUUGCAGAGUUAUCGAGAAAUCCUGAGGAUGCUGAGGAUGCUGAUGCAGCUGAUCCCUUCGAGGAAGAUGAUGAAGAGGAGAUUGUAUAUGUAGGAAGUGAUGCAGAAGAGGACGAAGACGAGAACAAUAUUGCUGAUUUGUUUGAGACGCGCUACUGCGAUGAUCAACCGGUUACUUUUGACGAAAGAAUUUCGAGUAUCGAACAAAAGAAGUACACCACACAAGUGUUUGAAGAUGAGGUUUUGACAGAUGUCGUGGCUAUGAUUCCUUCCAGCACAGCAACAGCAGCGGCCGAUAAGAAAAUAAGUGAUAUGCCAAUAAUCAACAAUCUAGCAGAUGUCAGAGUGAAGAAGCGUCCUGUUGAAAACUGGCCUAAGGCUAACAAGGAUGUUGUUAAGAAAGGAAAAGGCACAUUUUCUCCUUUGCAAAACUGUCUGUUUAAUCAGCUGAAUAAUUAUCGUGAUAUCGUGUAUUGUAAUCGAUCAAUGCAUAAUGCUAAGGAAAUCAGAAAUGCAUAUGUUUUACACGCUGUUAACCAUGUGAUGAAAACAAGGGAUCGUAUCAUGAAAAAUAAUGCUAAACUAGCAAAAGCACAGAAGGAAGGACAAGAUAUUGGCGAAACGCGUGAUCAAGGCUUCACUCGUCCCAAAGUUCUCAUCCUGCUACCUUUUAGAAACACCGUUUUGGACGUCGUUGAUACCAUCAUAAAACUCUCUGGCACUGUGAAGCAAGAUAAUAUAAACAGGUUCCUUGAACAGUUUAAUUUGCGUGAAGACGAAGCAAUUGAUCCAACCAAACCAGCUGAUUUCUUGCAGAAUUUCCAAGGCAAUAUCGACGAUCAUUUCCGUUUGGGUAUCAAAUUCUCGAAAAAGUCGUUAAAGUUGUAUGCAGAUUUUUAUAAUUCAGAUAUUCUUAUCUGCUCACCUUUGGGUUUGCGUACCCUAAUUGGAGCAGAAGGUGAUAAGAAGAGAGACUUUGACUUUUUAUCAUCUAUCGAAGUUCUGAUAUUAGAUCAAACAAACCAUUUUUUGAUGCAGAAUUGGGAGCAUAUUGAACAUAUAUUCCAGCAUCUCAAUCUAAUUCCCAAGGAUAGCCAUGGUUGUGAUAUUUCUAGAAUUAAAAGCUGGUAUCUGGAUGGAAAGGCUAAAUACUUAAGGCAAACACUUUUAUUUUCUGAUUUUUUGACACCAGAAAUUAAUGCCUCAUAUAACAAACACUUCAAGAACAUUGCUGGGAAGCUAAAGAUUAAACAAAAAGUAGAGGACGGUUCAAUAGUGGACGUUAUCCCGCAAGUGCAGCAGAGCUUCACACGUAUUGAUGUUUCAACUUUGGCUGCUGUCAAUGAUGCACGUUAUAAGCACUUCAUUGAAAAGACAUUACCCACCCUUCGUAAAUCAGCUAUUAUGCAAUCACAUACCCUUAUUUUCAUUCCUUCCUACUUCGAUUUUGUGAGAGUAAGGAAUUACUUUGAGGACAACAAAUAUUCCUAUGAACCAUGCUCAGAGUAUGCGUCUGGAAGUCAAAUUACAAGAUCUCGUUCCAAGUUCUUCCAUGGUCGGUCUGACUUUUUGUUAUACACGGAAAGAUUGCAUUUCUUCAGAAGGUAA